CGGAAUAAUACACUUUCCCACCUAGGUAAGCUACAUUAAUAGUAUAUAAUUUAACAGUCGUAAUUUAUUAGCACAUGAAACGUGAACUGGUGCCGAUUUAUUAAAAAGUCUGCCUCAGAAAAUGGGUAAAACUUACGGCUGUUCCAUGGACGAUGAGAACAUGUAAAGGGGUUUGAUAGCUAAUAAAAGUGGAGUAGAAAGAGAAGAAUCAGGCCAUAAAACUUGUUUGAAUUUGCAUGAAUUCAUUGAAGAAUCCAGGAGGGUUGGGUACAUAGCAGGUCCAAUGGUGGCAGUGAAUUUCUCACAGUAUUUUCUGCAGAUUAUAUCAGUGAUAAUAGUUGGUCACCUUGGUCAGCUUCCUCUCUCCAGCAUCGCCAUCACUGUCUCCUUUGGUUCUGUCACCGGCUUCAGCGUUCUUUUUGGGAUGUCUGGUGCACUUGAAACUUUGUCUGGGCAAGCUUAUGGAGCUCAGCAAUAUGGAAAACUCGGAACUCAGACUUAUACAGCUAUAUUCUCCCUCAUCUUAGCUUGUGUUCCUUUGACUGUCCUGUGGGUUUAUAUGGGUAAAUUACUUGAUUUGGUAGGUCAAGAUCCUCUUAUUUCAAUGGAGGCUGGGAAAUUAAUCAUGUGGCUCAUCCCUGCUCUCUAUGCUUAUGCAACUCUUCAACCCAUUGUUCGAUUCUUUCAGACACAAAGUUUGAUUAUGCCAUUGCUUGUAAGCUCUUGUUCCACUCUUUGUUUCCACUUGCUUCUUUGUUGGGCUUUAGUGUUCAAGUGUGGACUAAAUGGCCAAGGAGCAGCAUUGGCAAUCAGCAUUUCCUACUGGUCUAAUGUGGUUUCACUAGGAUUAUAUAUGAUGUUCUCUCAUACUUGUUCAACAAGUCUUGUCCCCAUUUCCAUGGAUGUGUUUCGAGGAAUUCGAGAGUUCUUCCGUUUUGCUAUCCCUUCUGCUUCCAUGAUUUGCCUUGAAUGGUGGUCAUUUGAGUUGCUCAUAAUAUUUUCUGGAUUUUUACCAAACCCACAACUUGAAACAUGAGUUACAUCGGUUUGUCUAGCAACCAUGUCAGCACUAUAUCCAAUACCAGAGGGAAUAGGUGCUGCUGCAAGCACUAGAGUUUCGAAUGAACUAGGAGCGGGGAACCCACGUUUGGCUCGUUUUACUGCCUUCAUUGCCUUGUCAAUUGCGGUAUUAGAGUCGAUUACCGUCUCUGCAGUCCUCGUUUCCAGUAGGCAUGUUUUUGGUUAUGUUUUCAGCAAUGACAAGGAAGUUGUUAGUUAUGUCACAGAUAUGGCUCCUUUGCUAGCAGUAUCUGUUAUUUUGGAUAGUUUACAAGCCGUCCUUUCAGGUAUUGCAAGGGGAUCGGGAUGGCAGGAUUUGGGGGCUUAUAUCAACCUUACUGCAUACUAUCUUUGCGGUGUUCUGGUUGCCGGCGUAUUGGGAUUUUGGGUUCAGAUGAGAGGAAAGGGACUUUGGAUUGGAAUACAAUCUGAUGCCUUGUUGCAAACACUUUUGCUCUCUGCCAUAACGAGUUGUAUAGAUUGGCAUAAGCAGGCAAGGAAGGCAAGGGACAGAUUAUCGGCAAGAGCUGUUGAGACAUAGCUGACUAAUCUCUUAUCAAAAUUAAGGAUUUUAAUCUCUGUUUCUUUUAUUAAGGUUC